UGGGCAGCGGAAACUCAACCAGGCGAUGCUUCGCGCUUGCGGCGGCACGGCGCCGGCGGCGGUGCCCGCGCUUGUCAGGGCGCGCCUGGCUCGGCGCGCCUCCUCCGCAGCCUACGCCGCGGCCACCGUCGCCGAUGCUUCCUCCGCCUCGUCCGCCCUGGAAGAGCUCGCCGCCGAGCGCAAAGGUUUCGCAAAAGUAGUAUUAAAGAAGGGCAAGACCCAAAUAUUCCGUGAUGGGAGCCCAAUGGUGUAUAGUGGUGCCGUUGAUAGAAUAAUUGGACGACCUCCUCCGAAAUCUGGUGAUGUUGUUCUGGUAGCUGAUGGAACAGAGAAACCUAUCGGAUGGGGUCUCUAUAACUCUGUGUCCAUGUUUUGUGUUAGGCUGAUGCAACUGGAAGAAGAGGCAAGAAGAGAUCCCACUUGUGCACUUAAUAUGGAAACACUGCUUGAAGCAAGGAUUUCAUCUGCUGUGAAUUUGCGGAAAAGUUUGGGUCUCCCUUCAGCUAACACAAAUGCUUAUCGCCUCAUCAACAGUGAAGGGGACAGAUUGUCUGGUCUAAUCGUGGACAUCUUUGCUGACGUUGCUGUGAUUGCUUCAUCUGCUGCUUGGGUUGAGAAAUAUAGGGAAGAAAUCCAGUUUCUUGUUAGCAAAGUUAAUGGCAUCAGCCAUAUAAAGUGGAGGCCUUCAGCAGAUAUUUUGAAAGAAGAAGGAUUGGAUAUAUUAGAAAAAAAGGAGCCUGCUUCUUCAUGCUCAACUGUGAAGGUCAUGGAGAAUGGCAUUGUAUACUUAGUCUCAUUAGAGGGUCAGAAGACAGGAUUUUAUGCAGAUCAACGGGAGAACCGCCAUUUUAUAUCAUUGCUUUCAAAGGACCAAAGGGUCCUUGACAUUUGCUGCUACAGUGGUGGUUUUGCUCUAAAUGCAGCCAAGGGUGGCGCUGAUAAUGUCAUUGGCAUUGAUUCAUCGGGAUCAGCACUAGACCUUGCCAAUGAGAAUAUCAUUCUCAAUGAGCUAAAUCCUGGAAGGAUCUCAUUUGUAAAAGGAGAUGCAACUGCAUUCAUGAAAGGAGCUAUCUCAAAAAAUGAACUGUGGGACUUGGUAAUCCUUGACCCUCCAAAGUUGGCACCUCGAAAGAAGGUGCUACAAAGUGCAUCUGGUAUGUAUAGAAACUUGAAUGCUCUUGCAAUGCAAGUAGUGAAGCCGGGGGGAUUACUCAUGACAUGCUCUUGUUCUGGAGCUAUGACUCAAAGUGGCAUGUUCCUUAAAACCAUUCAGGGUGCUGCAUCAAUGGCAGGCAGAAAGGUCACAGUCUUACGCCAAGCUGGGGCAGCUUGUGAUCAUCCCAUCGACCCUGGAUACCCUGAGGGCCAGUAUCUCAGCAAUUACUUGCUACGAGUGGCAUGAAAAAGGAAAUAAGAAACAGAUAUAAAAGCAGCAAAAAUUAUAGUUGUAGCAGCCUGACAAGCCCUGUACUGAUCACUUCUGAAGAGCUUAAGUUAAUCUGUCAUAGUUUAGUUGUGCAGGUUAGAUGUAGUCCUUUAUUUAUGAAGAAAAAUUGCAUCCAUUAUGUUCGUUUUACAGAAUCUCUUAGGACACGGUCCUUAGAUGAUGGGUAUUUUUAUUGAGA